AUGUACCCAGAAUGUUUUGACGGGUCAGUUGGAUGUUUUGAAGAUUACACUUACCAUAUUACCCUAGAUCCUAAAGUUAAACCAGUUGUUCAUGCACCUCGCAGAGUACCAUUAGAACUGGUAGAUAAACUAAAUUUCGAACUUAAUGAGAUGGAAAAGAACGGGGUAAUAAAAAAAGUAACAAAACCUACCGAUUGGGUUAAUUCUAUAGUUAUAAGAGAAAAGCCCAAUGGAAGACUUCGUUUAUGUCUUGACCCUAAAGACUUAAAUGAAGCAAUCAUGAGGGAUCAUUACCCAACACCCACCUUAGAGGAAAUCACCCCAAAGUUUGCUGGAGCUAGGGUAUUCAGCAAAAUUGAUGCUCGUAACGGAUACUGGAAUGUUAAGUUGGAUGACGAAUCAUCUUAUCUAACCACUUUCAACACACCGAGUGGUCGUUAUAGAUUCCUUAGGAUGCCAUUUGGUACAAUCCCCAUCCCAUACAAGAGCUUUUGACAUACUCAAGUGUCAAAUAAGCACAGAAACUACACUUUCCUACUACGACAGAAGCAAAGCAGUUGUGCUACAAGCAGACGCAUUAAGUAAAGGCUUGGGAGCCGUCUUAUUACAAGAGAAUAAGCCCAUUGCCUUUGCAUCGAAAGCCCUAACCCCUGCUGAGAGUCGGUAUGCCAACAUCGAGCGUGAGUUAUUAGCAGUGGUGUAUGGUUGUGAGAAGUUUCACACAUACUUAUAUGGAAGGCAAUUUGUUGUGGAAAGUGAUCAUCGUCCUUUGGAACAGAUCCGGAAGAAGAAUCUUGACAUGGCACCUCCUCGACUUCAACGAAUGCUCCUACGCUUGCAACCAUACGAUUGUAUUAUCAAAUAUAAGCCAGGCAAAGAGAUGGGGAUAGCAGAUACACUUUCGAGACUGUCACCAAGGGAGGGAGACGAAAUCCCUGGAAUGCAAGUAAAAAUUCAUCAUUUAGUGGAGUUCUUACCUGUCGAACUCCAACAGAUAAAAGACGAAACUGCUAAAGAUGGAACUCUUCAAAUCCUCACCGAGCAAGUUAUGCAAGGGUGGCCUGAUAGCAUAAAGAAAACUCAGCAAGCAAUAAAGCCUUACUGGAAUAACCGAGAUGAUAUCUCUAUUCAAGAAGGAGUUCUACUAUUAGGAAGUAGAAUAAUUAUUCCAAAAUCACUCCGGCAGAAGAUAUUGCAAAAAAUCCACAGUGGUCAUCAAGGGAUGGAGAAGUGCAAACUCCGCGCAAAAUCCUGUGUCUAUUGGCCUGGUAUAUAUAAAGAGAUUGAGAAUAUGGUGGCGUCCUGUUGUGCCUGCAAGAAAUUCCAGAAUUCUCAGCAGAAGGAGCCCAUGAUUCCAAGUGAAGUACCGCCAAGACCAUGGCACACUGUGAGCGCAGACCUGUUCAAGGUAAAUAAUUUCUGGUACAUAGUUAUCGCUGACUAUUAUUCGAAGUUUCCAUUCGUGAAGAAGUUGAAUAAUCUAACAGCAACCACUGUAGUUAAUGUGGUUAGAUCAAUAUUUUCCGAGCAAGGCAUACCAGAAAUCUUGAUUUGUGAUAAUGGAACGCAAUUCACUUCUGCCCAAUUUCAAGACCUAGCUAAGAGAUAUGGUUUCAGAGUGGUGACUUCGUCACCGUACUACCCAAAGGGUCAUGGCUUUAUUGAGAGACAGGUCCAAACUGUGAAGAAGAUCCUGUUGAAAUGCAAAGAAUCCGGAACUGAUCCUAGUCUUGCAUUGCUGUCGUUACGUUCCACACCGUUAAGUGCAACACUCAAAUCUCCAGCAGAGCUACUAAAUGGAAGAAUGUUCAAGACAACAUUACCAGUAAAGAUUCAUCCACCAAACGAUUGGCACGAAACCAGAGACUUGUUAUUAACACAACAAAAGAAACAAGUCAAUCUAUAUAACAGGGAUUCGAAAGAGAAACCAAAUCUCUUUCAAAAUCAAGCUGUACAAGUUCAAGACCCUCUGAUAAAAACAUGGAGUCCAGCGAGAGUAGUUGGGUUUGGACCAACUCCUCGUUCCUAUAUUACAGAAGAUGAAUCCGGAGUUCAAAUACGGAGGAAUAGACAGUUAAUCAAGCCUGACAUCCAGAAGACACCUGGACCAACAAGUCCUGCAGCUGUGAAAGAUAACCAAAGUGAAAAGACAAAUGUUGAGAUACCUGAUCGACCAGAAGUUCGAACACGCUCAGGUCGUAUAAUUAAAAAGCCGGAUAGGUUAAUGUAA